AUGCAUUGCCCAUUGAGGAAGAAGCCAAUGAGAGGCUCGGACUUCUCGGCUAUCGCCGUGCCCUCCAUGAACGGCUCAGGUUACCUGGAUUACACAGUGGAGAGUCACGCUUCCAAGUCACUAAAGAUCAUGGAUGAGUUCAGGAGGCAGGAGAUGCUGUGCGACCUGGUUCUCCAUGUCAAUUACAAGGACAAGACCAUUGACUUUAAGGUUCACAAACUGGUGCUGGCCUCAUGUAGCCCCUACUUCCGAGCCAUGUUCACCAGCAAUUUCAAGGAGUGCCAGGCCUCAGAAGUCACCCUGCGCGAUGUCUGUCCUCAAGUGUUGGGGAGGCUCAUAGACUUUGCUUACACAUCGCAUAUCAUCGUCGGCGAGAAGUGUGUGCUGCAUGUACUCUUGGCUGCUAUGAGGUUCCAGAUAGAGGACGUGGCCAAAGCUUGCUGCGACUUCCUCACCAAGCACCUGGAGUCGUCCAACGUCAUCGGCAUCACGCGCUUCGCCGAGGAGCUCGGAUGCGCUGACCUGUACCAGCAUGGCCGCGAGUACAUCAACACUCACUUCAGUGAGGUAACUAAAGAAGAUGAAUUCUUUAGUCUUUCUCACUGUCAGCUGCUGGAGCUUAUCAGUCAGGACAGCAUCAAGGUCCUCUGUGAGUCUGAGGUGUACAAAGCUUGCACAGACUGGGUGGGCUGGGACAUGGAAAAUCGAGCCCAGUACCUUCAUGCCCUCCUGAAUGCGGUUCACAUCUACGCCCUCCCACCAAAGUUCCUGAAAAAUCAGCUGCUGUCCUGCCCGAUCCUCAGCAAGGCCAAUGCUUGUAAGGACUUCCUGUCGAAAAUCUUCCAGGAAAUGACACUGAGGAAGGUUCCUCCAGCACCCAUACGUGGGACACAACUCAUUUAUGUGGCCGGAGGAUACAAGAGUCAUUCCCUGGCAACCAUGGAGGCUUAUGACCCCAUCCGGAAAGUUUGGCUCAAACUGGCUGACAUGGAGGCUCCCAGCAGCGGCCUUGGGGCUUGCACACUCUUCGGAUUGCUGUACACGGUAGGUGGCAGGAACCUCUCGCUGGAGAGUAUUACCGAAUCCAGCGCGUUAUGCUGCUAUAAUCCCAUGACCAACCAGUGGAGCCAGCGCGCUCCCCUCAAUGUGCCCCGUAACCGAGUCGGAGUGGGCGUGGUGGAUGGCUGCAUCUAUGCUGUGGGGGGAUCACAUGGCUCUACGCUACACAACACGGUGGAGCGGUGGGACCCAGAGACAAAUCACUGGUCCUUCGUCUGCCCCAUGCAGGUGGCCCGUCUGGGUGCUGGCGUGGCGGCGUGUGGGGGGGCACUAUACGUCGUGGGAGGUUUGGACGGGCAGAGCCGAAGCAACGCAGCCGAGAAAUACCAACCGGACACCAACACUUGGCACCAGCUGGCGCCUAUGAGUACUGCGCGGAGCGGACUUGGACUGGUGUGUGUCAACGGUCACCUGUACGCCAUCGGAGGCUAUGACGGACUCAACCAGCUGGCCACGGUAGAGCGUUAUAACGUAGCCCGAAACACAUGGGAGGCACGGGCGCCCAUGAAGUGCUGCCGGAGUACACACGGUGUGGCCGUGCACCAGGGUUGCAUCUUUGUGUUCGGAGGCUUCAAUCUGCACGACUUUGUUACCAGCGUGGAAUGCUACUGCCCGGAGAAGAACGAGUGGACGUACGUGAGCGACAUGCCGCUGGGGCGGAGCGGCAUGGGUGUGGCCGUCACCAUGGAGCCGUGUCCCGCCAGCUUGGCCCCGGACCAAGACGAAGAGGACGACUGA